AGCGCUUCUAACUCUGGAUUGUCCAGUGAUCAGCUGACUCACGGCCGCUCAGCGCAUGGCGUCGUCUCCGCUCUACAUCGCCGUGUACCUCUUUCUGGUUCUGCUGGGGAACGUGGGGAACACCACAGUCAUCGCAGUGGUCGGGGAAAGCCUUCUGAGGGAGACGGGAGCCGUCCGAAGCUCUGACCUGAUUCUGGUCAACAUGGCUUUCUCCAACCUGAUGGUGUCGUUGGCGAGAAACUCUCUCCUGGUGAUCUCUGACAUGGGAAUGGAGGUUUUUCUCAAUAGAAACUGGUGUCGCUUCAUGAUGGGCGUUUGGGUUUGGCUGCGCUCUGCAAAUGUUUGGUCGACGUUCUUUCUAAGCGCCUUUCAUUUUCAAACAUUGCGUCGGGUCGCCCCGCCCAUCACCAACGUGCACGGCCACCCCGGACCCCCCAAACCCCUCAUAUUUGGGCUGUGCCUCAUCUGGAGUCUCAAUCUGAUCUACUCCAUCCCAGCGUUUGUGUUCUCCAGGAACGGAGACAAGAACUCCACCGAGACGCUGAUGUUGGUGAGCAGCACCACUCGCCCCCUGCUUGGCUGUAUUUGGGACUUCCCAUCAGUCUACAGCGGCCUGGCCUUCGCCACUUCCUCCAUGCUGAUCCACGAAUGCCUUCCCAUCUGCCUGAUGAGUGUCACCAAUCUGGGCUCGCUGCUGACGCUGUACGCUCACGGACAAACACGACGAGCCGCCAACAAGAGUCCGGACGCGCCGGUCAUCACCCGGAUCCCUGCGGAGCGACGGGCGGCUAAGGUGAUUCUGGCUCUGAAUAUUCUCUUUAUUUUGUCGUGGGGCGGCAGUGUCAUCUCUGUCAACUACUUCAACUAUAACCGCAGAUCUUCCCGCUCUUCCACGGAGUUCCUGCUCAUCGUGGCUCGCAUCACUAACAUCACCUUCAUUGCGCUGUCGCCCGUCGUCCUCGCCGUGGGACACAGGAAGCUCAGAGCGUUUCUGAAGUCAGUUCUGUCGCGUGUAAUCUGACAGAAAACCUCUCGCUCCAUUUGGACAGACAAACUACAGAUAUCAUGUCAU